AUGGGGAGACACCUCCUCCACACCCACCAGGCCCAGCCGACCGAAGUCAGACACCGAAACCAGGUCAAGAUCAUCACCACUCCCUGGACAUUAACGCAGAACCAGAAGGAACGCGUAGCAGUCGAGGCGGGAGUAAAAAGGUUUCACUUUAGGGCAUCGAGGACAUGUAGUCAUCAGCAAGGGUGGAGAUUCUGUGGCUCUUAUAAAGAGCUUAGAAGAGGACGUCUACUCUAA